CCAGUAAAAACCAAAGAAGAAGAAGAACAACUACAUCCAGGCUAACCUCAGCUAGUUAGCCGACAACGUAAACACUAGUACAUCUGUGGGGAGUUUAGGUUAUUUUAGCUGGUUAGCUUAUGUUUUCUUCGCCACCUUUUUACUGGAGAGUAACUACACGAUGCGGUUGCUUAAUUAAAUAUCGUCAGGUCAGCCAUGUUCGUUUGGAUGUCGGAUUUAUUGACGUUACCGAGGCCUUGAAGUUGCCUUGCUAACGGAUGCCCAUGAUUCAGCUGGAGAAACCGGUGCUGACUGGUACCAUGCCGGUGGUAUGGCCCACCAUCCUUGACCUGGGCAGGGAUGAGUGCAAAAGAAUUCUCCGUAAACUGGAGCUGGAGGCUUACGCCGGGGUUAUCAGCGCCCUGCGAGCACAAGGAGACCUGACAAAGGACAAGAAGGAUCUCCUGGGAGAGCUCACUAAAAUCCUCGGCAUAUCAACGGAGCGCCAUCGUGCAGAAGUUCGUAGGGCUGUCAAUGAUGAACGCCUCACCACCAUCGCGUAUCACAUGUCAGGUCCUAACAGCUCGUCAGAAUGGUCGAUUGAAGGACGCCGGCUUGUUCCCUUGAUGCCGAGGCUGGUCCCUCAGACGGCUUUUACUGUGACGGCUAACGCUGUAGCCAGCGCCACAGCCAAUCAGAAUGCCUCCCUUCUGCUGCCGGCUGAAACGGGAAACAAAGAAGUGGUUGUAUGUUAUUCCUACACAAGCACCACCUGCACCUCCACCAGCGCAACAGCGACCAGCGGCACCAUAGGAGCAACGGUGAAAUCACCACGACCGCCAAGCCCUUCGUCCAACGUGGUGGUGCUGCCCAGCGGGAGCACUGUCUACGUGAAAAGCGUGAGCUGUUCCGACGAAGACGAGAAGCCUCGCAAGCGAAGGCGGACCAACUCGUCCAGCUCGUCGCCGGUGAUGCUGAAGGAGGUUUCCAAGGUGUCCCCGCCGGUAUCCAAGAACAUCACUGUGCCGGUGAGCGGCAGCCCCAAGAUGAGCAACAUCAUGCAGAGCAUCGCCAACUCCCUGCCGCCCCACCUGUCCCCCGUCAAGAUCACUUUCACCAAGCCCACCAUCCAGACCACCAAUACAACCACACAAAAGGUGAUCAUCGUGACAACUUCUCCAAGCUCCAACUUUGUACCCAACAUCCUGUCCAAGUCUCACAACCACAACAACGCUGCUUUGUCCAAGCUCGCCUCCACCUCCAUGCUGACCACGCCCACUCAGAAACAGACGGUGGUCUUCCCAGCCAGCUCCAGCCCGUCUUCCAACCCCAACACCGUCGCAGUGACCACAGUCGUCUCCUCUACUCCUUCAGUGGUCAUGUCGACUGUUGCAACAUGUGCAGCUUCAGCUGGAGUGAAGGUAGCUUCAGCCAGGCUUCCUUCACCUAAGACGCUGGUGGGGUCACCCACUCAGAUCCUGGCCCAGUUCCCCAAACAGCAGUCACCUAAACAGCUGCAGCAAAGCUUGCCUAUGGGCUCAAGUGUCAGCCAGACCCAGACCACUACUGCCUCACCUGGCAGCAAGCCCACCAUUCAGAUCAAGCAAGAGUCUGGCGUGAAGAUAAUCACUCAGCAGGUUCAGCCCAGCAAAAUCCUGCCCAAGCCUUCAUCAGUGGCUUUGUCCAGCAGCAGCUCAUCACCCAUCAUGGUUGUCAGUAGCAACGGAGCCAUCAUGACCACCAAACUGGUCACUCAGCCCACAGCUUCCCAGGCCACUUAUACGAGACCCACUGUGAGCCCCAGCAUCGGAGCCAGAAUAUCAGCCUCCAGUGGUGGAGCCACAUAUGUCAAGACCACCAGCGGCAGCAUCAUCACAGUGGUGCCCAAGUCUUUAGCUACUCUGGGUGGGAAGAUCAUCAGCAGCAACAUCGUGUCUGGCACCACAACUAAGAUCACCACCAUCCCCAUGACCUCCAAACCAAAUGUUAUUGUGGUCCAGAAAACCACAGGCAAAGGAGCAACAAUCCAAGGACUGCCUGGCAAGAAUGUGGUCACCACACUUUUAAAUGCUGGGGGUGAAAAGAGCCUGCAGGCUGUUCAGGGCACCAAACCAGCAAUCAUCACCGCUUCCAGACCCAUUACCAAGAUGAUCGUCACCCAGCCCAAAGGCAUGGGCUCUGGAUCCCAGUCCACCGCCACCAAGAUCAUCCCAACCAAGAUCGUCUACGGCCAGCAAGGCAAGACACAGGUUCUCAUCAAACCUAAGCCAGUCUUCCAGGCAGCGGUGGUGAGCGAACAGACCAGGCAGCUGGUCACUGAGACGCUGCAGCAGGUGACCCGCUCAGCAGACAUGGGCCAGGGUCAGACCUCAGGCCAGGACGGGUCCGCAAAGGACGAGUCCGGCAGUUUCACAGAGACUAGCAGCUUAGCCGGUGAGACCUCCCAUGGCAGUGCCCAAGAUCCGCAGCCUGUAGUGCAUGUGGUGACCUCCAGAGAGCAGGAUUGGACCGAGCAGGAAGUAGCUGUGGAAUCCAGCCCCACUAUCAUCUACCAGGAGGUGUCUGGCGGGGAAUCCCAGUCCGCCACCUCCACCAUCAAAGCCCUGCUGGAGUUGCAACAGACAACAGUGAAGGAGAAAGGAGAGUCCAAACCCAGGCAGCACACCAUCGACCUGAGCCAGAUGGCCGUGCCCAUCCAGCUGGCCCAGGAGAAGAAGCCCAGCCCCGAGUCCCCCAGGCCCUCCACCUCAGAGGCUGAACCCAGCACCGAGUACAUCGCAGCAGGUAAAGUCAGCAGAGUGGGAGUGCCGUCGGAGGAUGACGUGGUCAUGUCCUCCAGUCAGCUGCUGGGGAAGCCUUACAAAACCAUUAGCCAGGUCACCGUGGUAACCAAACCAGCUGCUGUGUCCUCUGCAGCCACAGCCUCACACGUCAGCCACAUGCCCUCCGACAGCCACGGUAAGACCGAGACCGUGUUGGAGGUUGGCGAGCUGGAGGGCGACACCUUGGACCCGCAGACAGGCUUGUUUUACCGCUCAAGCCAACCAGCCACAGAUCCAGUAAAGCAAACCCCCCACCCUGCGGGCGCUCAGCCGCCACCCUCGAGCCAGGCAGAGGCGGAGCAGAGCCGACACAGCUCCACCUCAACCCAGCCAACUCCUCCGCCGCCGCCGCCGCCGCAGCUGCAGAGCAAACCUCAGAUCAGCCAGCCUUCCUCUUCCUCCGCUGUUUUCCCCUCCACUCCCCCUCUGACUAAGAAACUCCCUAAACUACGAGAGCAGAGUCAAUCCAAACCCCAGACCUUAACCCAGAGCCCCAAGGACAGACCCCUGACUGUACCAGCCCAGACGGUGGUGAAGCUCUCCACCCCGGGCACACCGACCAAGCCCCUGGUGACACCGCAGCUCCCUAAGCUCCAGCAAGCACCCACAUCCCACCACAGGCCCCUACACACUUCAAUGUCCCACCCUCCUCCACUGCAGGCGCACCACCCCGUCAGCACCGAAAAGACCCCCUCCAGCCAGCAGCCAAUCAUCACACAGAGUGCCACCGUCACCAAGAUCAGCUUCGGCAGCUCCCACCACUCAUCCCCGGUCUUCAGCAGCGGCGAGGCCACCGCCAAACUGAUCCCAGAGUCCAGCUCCGGGCCCUCGGGGGACAAGCCCUCUGUGUCUGACAUCCUGAAGAUCUCCAUGAUGGAGGCGGAGAUCGACCCGAGCACGGAGCCCAUGGUGGUGGAUUCUUCCAGCGACUGCGGCCCUCUGGGGAAAGCCAUGGAGGUCCAGGCCGUCUCAGGCACCCUGGACUCGGGUCAGUUCAUCAGCAGCUCUGCGGCCUCCAUGCAUCAUUCCCACACGAAGCCCCAGCAGUUCAGCUGUAUGCAGGGCCUCACAGCACAGAGGAACAAAGAAGACCUGGAGGUCAUUGAGGUGAUUCCUCAGUACUCUAUCCUGCCGGACUCCAGCCAGUCCAACGUGGUGGUGGAGCCCAGCGGCUUCCUGGAGAUCACCAACUACACCAGCCAGCAGCUGGAGGAGGACAGCCCCAUGGAGCAGGAGGUGGACAGCAGCAACGACGAGGCCACGGCAGCCAGCCCACCCGACCAACCGUAGCCUCUCCACUCUUAGAGGUCGUCUCACUGACGGGAGCGGAGCAGCUGAUGAGCAGCUUUGUGGCUUCAGAUCCAGUGGACAAAGACGUUCUGGCUGUUUUUUAUAGUGUUUUUGUGUAAAAUAUUAGUUUGUUUCCCCCCCUCCACAAGGAAAUCACACAUUUUUAUUGCCAAUGAGGGAGCGCUGGAUGUGAAACGCGGCAGCGAUGUGGAAGAAUUAGUUUUAGUCCAGACCCAGACAUUUGGAAAGCAGCCUCUCCAAACACACUUAAUUGUUACAGAAUGUCAACAUGGAUACUUGCAGGACUUUGCAAGAUAGUUACACGCUCAUGAAAUUGAUUAUUUGGAUUUUUUGAACCCUGCCACUGACCGUCAUUUCAAGAUGUACCGCGCGGGUCAGACCACUGCACCCGCUGUUUUUAGAGGACUGCAUUUAUGUUUACGUUGUUGAGUGUUUCAAAUACCCCACUAGUGACUGUGGUCACGCAGACUUUUGUACAAAGUGACAUCUUCUUUUGAUGACUUGAAGGUUUUAUCAGCAGAGGAAUUGUAUUUUCUUUUGACUGAAACUUUGUAACAGUAAAAUCUCUUUUGGGAUUGAAGUUUAGUUUUCAGAGGAGAAAACAAAGCUGGAGCAGAUUUGAAGUGCUGUGUGGAAUAUAAAGCAGAACCAGAAAAGAGUCCUGGAGGAUGGAUUGAGUCAGACAUAUGUGUUACUGGUCAUUCUAGCUGAUGUAAUGUAAAAAACAACAAUUGCGCAAUGUACUGUUUUUUUAAGAUAUAUAUUCUGGAGUUCAAAAAGUUCCUGUGAGAAAAAAGAAGUAUGCAUUUGCUUUUGCAUAGUGUUUGGACUAUGCAUUUCUUUUAUACCUUUUCAGACUAGAAGACUACUUGAGAGAAAUCAUGUAAUCUGCACAAUAAAUCAGCUGAGUAGAACAUUUCAGUUUAUGCCAUUUUAUUGGUUGCAAAAAAAAAAAAAAAGAGGUCAAAAUGUGGUGUUGCAUUCAUCAGAGAGGGUAAGUGUUUGUGUUGGACUCAAGAAACUGUUUUUUUAUAGUUUCUUUUUUUUUUUUUUUUAAAUGGUCUAAAUCAAACCAGACGAGGAUGAGAUGACUCGUUUGGUCCAGUCAGACCAGAGUUCAUUUUAAUGGAAUCGUUGCGUCAGAAUCAAAGUGGAUCUUGAUGCUUUGACAAAGUAAAUGUGCACAAAUCUUUCGUGUCAAGUCCAACUUUGUUGAGCUUUCACGUGCACGUUCACUCUGUUAAACAAUAGAAAACCAACUUCUAACUCUGCUGAACUCUUGAGGAAACGGCUCCGGAGAGUCAUGUAGUCGACCAACCGUAGCACGCCCGGUUUGAGGGUGCUGAGUUGUAACUUUAGUCACAUUUAACUGAACACAGGAUGAGAAUUUAUCUCUUGAUAUACAAAAAUUUGGACACACUUUCCCGUUCACUUGAAUGAGAAAGUGUGUCCAAACUUCUGACUGCUGUUUACCAACCAUUUCUAAGUGCUUCUGUAUAUCAAAAUGCAUCUUUUCCUGUAAAAAGUCCAAUUAAAUUGUCUUUGUCUACUACAGCA